AUGGACUUGUUGAAGCAUGUAUUCCGUGCAUUUUUGCACAAAGACAACCAAUUUUAUGCCAAAUUCUUGAAGUGUGAAUUUGGGUUGGAGAAGGUUGCAUUUUUGGGACAUUUUGUGUCAAAAGAAGGAGUUGUAGUGGACCCUGCAAAGAUUAAAGUUGUUAGGGAAUGGCCUACAUCUAAGAGUGUCAUCAAAUUUCGAAGUUUUCUUGGUUUAGCUGGAUAUUAUAGGCGCUUUGCGCAAGAUUUCUCUAGAGUAGCCAAGCCAAUGACUACUUUUAUGAAAAAGGAACCUUGGUUUGAGUGGAAUGAGUAG